CACAUAUCUUUUGCGCAUACAUGUAUGGAAUCUUCGUCCUCAGUCCUAUCCACGCUUUUGCUCUUCGCUCUCUUUCUCUAAGUAGAUGUAGCUGGUGUGAGAAAAAGAAGAGAGAUUAACGUGUGGAAAUGGAGAAGUUCUUGAAGGACUUCGAGGUGGAGAACAAGAAUCCAUCGGAGGAGGCUAUAAGGAGAUGGAGAAGCGCCGUCGCGCUCGUCAAAAACCCUCGCAGAAGGUUUCGAUUCGUCGCCGAUCUCGCCAAGCGCUCCGAGGCCGAAAAGAAGAAGCUUCAAAUCCAGGAAAAGAUUCGAGUUGCUCUUUAUGUUCAAAAAGCAGCACUGCAUUUCAUUGAUGCUGGUGAUCGUGGAUCUAUUGAAAAGCUUGGUCAGGAUGAACUCAAGCUGUCAGAAGAUGCCAGAAUAGCAGGUUUCAGCAUUCACCCAGAUGAACUUGCAUCUAUUACACGUGCCCAUGAUAUUAAGGCCUUGGAAAGCCAUGGUGGAAUUCAUGGGAUUUUAAGGAAAGUCAAUGUCUCGGUAGAUGAAGGUGUCAAGGAUAGUACCAUACCAAUUAGACAAAAUGUUUAUGGCUUAAACCGUUACAAGGAGAAAGCUCCCCGAACUUUUUGGGUGUUUGUAUGGGAAGCACUACAGGACUUAACAUUAAUAAUCCUUAUGGUCUGUGCUGUGGUUUCACUUGGAGUUGGAGUUGCCACUGAAGGCUGGCCCAAAGGCACGUACGAUGGUUUGGGAAUUUUAAUUAGUAUAAUUCUAGUGGUUAUGGUUACCGCCAUUAGUGACUACAAGCAGUCUUUGCAAUUCAAGGAUUUGGACAGGGAGAAGAAAAAGAUUUUUGUUCAGGUCACUAGGGAUGGAAAAAGACAAAAAGUUUCCAUUUACGACUUGGUUGUUGGAGAUAUUGUGCAUUUGUCGAUUGGGGACCAAGUUCCAGCUGAUGGACUUUUCAUAUCUGGGUACAGUUUGCUGAUUGAUGAGUCAAGCUUGUCAGGUGAGAGUGAGCCGGUGAAUGUAUCUGAAGAGAAGCCUUUUCUUCUUUCCGGAACUAAAGUGCAGGAUGGGUCAGGUAAAAUGCUAGCGACUACAGUUGGUAUGAGGACUGAAUGGGGAAAGUUGAUGGAAACUCUGAGUGAAGGAGGAGAAGAUGAGACCCCACUGCAGGUGAAGCUUAAUGGAGUCGCUACAAUUAUUGGUAAAAUUGGUUUGACUUUUGCAGUGUUGACAUUUUUGGUAUUGACAGUAAGAUUUUUGGUGACAAAAGGACUUAACAACGAGAUCACUGAUUGGUCUUCAACUGACGCCGUAACCCUUUUGAACUACUUUGCUAUUGCGGUAACUAUAAUUGUUGUUGCAGUUCCCGAAGGAUUACCAUUAGCAGUGACGCUGAGCCUUGCUUUUGCAAUGAAAAAAUUGAUGAAUGAUAGGGCACUUGUAAGGCAUCUCUCAGCAUGUGAGACAAUGGGUUCUGCUAGUUGUAUUUGCACAGAUAAAACUGGAACAUUAACUACAAAUCAUAUGGUAGUUACCAAAGUAUGGAUAUGUGAAAAAAUUGUAGAUGUAAAAGAAAAUGACAGUAAAGAAACAUUGAUAUCAGAAAUAUCUGGAGCAUCAAGCAUCCUUUUGCAGGUUAUAUUCCAAAAUACGAGUUCUGAGGUUAUUAAGGAUGAUGGAAAGACCUCCAUUUUGGGAACACCAACAGAGUCAGCACUAUUAGAGUUCGGUUUACUUUUAGGUGGCGAUUUUGAUACCCUGCGCAGAGAGGUUAAGAUUCUUAAGAUCGAACCUUUCAAUUCUGUCAGGAAGAAAAUGUCUGUGCUUGUAGCUUAUCCUCAUGGUGGAACACGAGCUUUUUGCAAAGGUGCAUCAGAAUUAGUACUGGGAAUAUGUAACAAGUACAUUGACUCUAAUGGGGAAUCUGUUCAUCUCUCCAAAGAAAUGGUAGACUAUAUCACGGAUGUCAUAAAUUCUCUUGCCUGUGAAGCAUUGAGAACUCUCUGCUUAGCUUUUAAGGAUAUAGAUGACUCUUCUAUCGAAAAUGUUAUCCCAGAUGAUGGCUAUACAUUGGUAGCAGUUGUCGGUAUUAAGGAUCCUGUGCGCCCGGGGGUCAGGGAGGCAGUUCAGACUUGUUUAGCUGCUGGAAUCACUGUACGUAUGGUCACCGGUGACAAUAUAAAUACAGCCAAAGCCAUUGCUAAAGAAUGUGGCAUACUCACAGAGGGUGGUAUAGCAAUUGAAGGACCUGAGUUUCGUAGCAUGUCUCUAGAGCGGAUGAAAGCUGUGAUACCGAAGAUUCAGGUAAUGGCCCGGUCUUUACCGUUGGAUAAGCACACAUUGGUAAAAACUUUGAGGGAUGAAUUUGGUGAGGUUGUUGCAGUGACUGGUGAUGGGACUAACGACGCUCCCGCUUUGCAUGAGUCAGACAUUGGACUUGCUAUGGGCAUAGCUGGAACAGAGGUUGCCAAGGAAAAUGCUGAUGUCAUCAUAUUGGAUGACAAUUUUAAAACUAUAGUAAACGUGGCCAGAUGGGGACGUUCAGUGUACAUAAACAUUCAAAAGUUUGUGCAGUUCCAGUUAACAGUUAACGUUGUCGCUCUAAUGAUCAAUUUUGUUUCUGCAUGUGUCUCAGGAUCUGCUCCCCUUACAGCGGUGCAACUGCUUUGGGUGAACAUGAUUAUGGACACUCUUGGUGCUUUGGCAUUGGCAACAGAGCCUCCAAAUGAUGGACUUAUGAAAAGGCCCCCAGUUGGGAGGGGUACCAGCUUCAUCACCAAGGCUAUGUGGAGAAAUAUCAUUGGUCAGAGUAUCUAUCAACUGGCUGUCCUUGGAGUUCUCGAUUUCUCUGGGGAGAAGCUACUAGGACUUACUGGUUCAGAUGCAACUGAGGUUCUCAACACUGUGAUAUUCAACGCAUUUGUGUUUUGCCAGGUGUUCAAUCAGAUAAACAGUCGUGACAUAGAGAAGAUAAACAUAUUCCGUGGAAUGUUCGACAGUUGGGUAUUUCUAAUCGUCAUGGUUUGCACAGCGGCCUUCCAGGUUAUCAUAGUAGAGUUCUUGGGAGCUUUUGCUAGCACUGUGCCACUAAGCUGGCAACUAUGGUUACUCAGCAUUUUACUUGGAGCAGUUAGCAUGCUUGUUGCAGUUGUUCUCAAAUUAAUACCUGUUGAAAGGACAACUAAGCACCAUGACGGAUAUGAAGCGCUUCCUUCCGGUCCUCCAGAGGGCAUAGUUUGAAUAGGAGCGUUUCAGACGCCCUUUUUUCCUUCCCAAGGCUAGACGACGUCUACUGACUGAAACUAGUACGCCCUGAGAUAGUCAAAAGGCCGUUUUAAGUUGCAGAGUUUUUUGUGUUGUUGAAAGUGACGGUCCUGUGAAAGCUCUGCUCGGUAUUUUGUUUUUGUUUUCAAAAAGCUAGAAAGGUUUGGUUCAGUCAGUAGAUUUGGUAGCAUUUUUCCUUCUACGAAUUCCCCACCCACAAAGCAAUUUGAAGCACAUUGCGAGGCUUGAGAUCUUCGAAAUCGUUGUUUAGAAUUUUCGGUUAUCUGAUUGAACCUCGGUAUAGUUGGUUAGAAAGAGAAAUUUAUGCUGUUCUUAAACGCAUGUGUGAAGGUUUUACGCGACGCCAUAGUGCUUACAGUUGCAGUAUCUAUCUGCGUAUCAUUUGUAUUUCAGUGAAGAUUAUAAAUUGAAAUUGUGUUCAUAUAAGACAAUGAAUUGUGUUGGAAUAGUUUUGUGAA